CUAACCCCCAAGCUUCUAUGUCACGGUGCUAUGAUAUUGGACCAACUCGGGAUGUUCGAUGAUAUCUACGAGAUGGUAGAGCCCGUGAAAGAAAUCCAUUCCUGGCGCGCGGGCGGGGUAUCAUUGACCAAAUUGGAAACACCCAAGCUUCUGCAAGCCCGUUACGGGUACCCAUGUGUGUGGCUGGAGCGCCAGCAGCUACUUGGAGUGAUGUUCAAACAUCUUCGCGAAAAGGAGAAAGUGCUGGCGAAGAAAAAAUUUCUCAGAGCCGAGCAUUCUGCCCGAGGUGUCAUUGCACACUGUUCCGAUGGCACCUCAUUCAACGGAAGCAUCAUAGUAGGAGCUGAUGGGGUCCACAGUCCAGUGCGGCAGGAUAUGUGGCAGCAUAUGAAGGAUGCUGGGUUAGGCCCUGCUUUGAAGAGAGAUCUCAUAGCGACAAUGUUUCAGUACUCCUGUGUAUAUGGCGUAUCAGCACCCACGGUGGGGAUUGAACCGGGGAUAGUACAUCGUCUAUUUGGCAAAGACUUCACCUUUUUCAGCGUUGUUGGAAAGGAACGCAUUGUGUACUGGUUCCUCAUUACGAAAUUGGAGAAAACACACCGCGCCCCCGAUGUUCCGAAACUCAACAGAGACAACAUAGAGGAUCAUAUCAGACCAUACCUUACGCAGAAAGUGAACGACCGUGUUCACUUCCAGGACGUUUACCGAAACACCACUUCAACUUACCACGUUCCCAUCGAAGAGGGAACGUUCGAGUACUGGACAUGGAAUCGAUUCGCUUGUGUGGGAGACGCAAUAAACCAGACGACUCCGAAUCUGGCUCAAGGCCUUAACGGUGCAAUUGAAAACGCUGUGUCCUUGUCAAACUGCAUAGCGUCUAUGCUGAAGGCCGAGGAUCCAGUUAACCUUUCUACUGCAAAUAUAGAUUGGUACCUUUCUACCUGGGCGUCCAGUCGAAAGCCACGGGCGCAUGCAGCGUGUCUGGCUUCGAGCAUUAUGACCCGUUUUGAGGCCCUACUUUCCUGGAGACAUCAAUUCAUUGUUUUCCAUAUACUACCACACUUCAAGGAUUCAAUGGGUGAUCUUGCUGGAUAUUUCAUGGCGGGGUCUGACAGAUUGGAUUUCCUUCCUUUGCCAGAUCGAUCUCUGAAAGGUACCACCCCCUUCAAAGAUAGUGACCGCAAGGUAUGCGUAUAUCACCGGGAACAGGGGACUAAAUCUAGGGCUCCAGAAUUGAAUGCUACAACAUUCGUCUGGCAUCUCCUGGCAAACGCUUUUAUGUAG